GUAAGGGAUCGAUUUUUCAAGGUUUCACGGGAAGAACGAAUACAUUCAAUCGGUGAUUGGUCGUUUACAAAUAUCACAGGAUGAGAUUCAGGCGGAUCGGCGUCAUUGGAGCGUCUGUGAUCUCCUGUGUAUGCUUACUCUCGGGGCUCAUGUAUUACUUUAAUCAAGAUGCGUGUCCUGUAGGAACUUUCCUUUGCCACAACACCACCAUUUGUUUACCCCAAAGAAGUUGGUGCAACCAGGUGAUACAAUGUCCCUACGGCGAUGACGAACAAACUUGCUACGAUCCUAACGGUGUACUGGACCUUUUUGGAAAACCCAGAGACUCCAUAAAGGAAGCCAUAACGAAAUUCGUUUGCGACGCCAUUGAUAGAUGUAACUACGAGAAGUGUCGUGCAACUUGCUAUGGAUAUUCCGAAAUACCACAAAACUUGUCCUCGCAAACCACCGCGAUAACUCUGUACGACAGUUCCAUUAAACGUGUGCCAAGGGACGCCUUCGCCCGAUACCCAGAAAUACGUAUAUUGUAUCUCGAUGGCACCGACAUAAGCGAAAUAGAGAUAGGAGCUUUCAGACAUUUAAAGAAACUAUAUUGGCUAAUAUUAGAGAAUAAUAAAAUCAGUGAGCUACUGCCUGGACAUUUUACCGAUUUACAUGAUUUGGAGACUCUAAAGGCAAAUAAGAACAGAAUCACCGUAGCAGAUUUGUCGGAUCUGAAGGGAAGCGUCAGUUUAUCUUUCAUAGAUUUAAGCGAAAAUCUGUUGACAUCGGAAACUCUGAAGCUGCCAUACUUGCCAGCGCUGAACGAGAUAUUGCUAGACGAGAACAAGUUCGAUGCUAUUCCCGAUACACUGUUCGUCGGAUGUCCAACGUUAAGAUUAUUGAGCAUGCAGAAGAACGCGAUAAGAACGAUCGAGGAGGAGACGUUUCGAAAUUUGGAGCACCUCGAGGAACUCAAUUUGGCGUACAACGAAAUAACGACCGUCCCGCUGAAUGUAUUCCAGCCAUUGAAAAAUCUGACGAAGCUAGAGUUAGGCUACAACAAUCUUCACAAUCUACCGAUGGCAGUUUUGAAUCCAUUGAGGAAACUUCAUUCGCUUGAUUUGGAGGGCAUAAGUUUGGACACGUUGAAGAAGAACGCGUUCGACGUGUUUCGGGAACUGGAGGACGUAUAUUUCAAGAAAUUUCACUAUUGCGCGACGUUCGCGCCGAACGCAAUAAGAUGUCGGCCAUCCGGAGACGGAGUUUCGUCGUUGUCCCAUUUGCUCGAUAAGACAUUGUUACGGGCAGCAGUAUGGGUAAUAUCGUGCGUUACUUGCAUGGGUAACGUUCUUGUUCUUUGGGGAAGAUUCACGGCCAAGGAUGAAAAUCGCGUAUUGACUAUUAUCAUAAAAAAUCUGGCAGUCUCCGACACGUUGAUGGGAAUCUACCUGUUCGUAAUCGCUAUGGCGGACAUGAUAUUCCGCGAUAAUUACAAACGAGUUGCUAGUUCGUGGAUGUCAUCCUGGAGUUGCACUAUUUUAGGAGUUUUGGCGAUGACAUCCUUGGAGGUUUCAGUACUGAUCCUGUCUUUCAUGUCGGUGGAACGAUAUAUGCUAAUCGCGGCACCGCUAAAAGGUCACCGCGCCAUGACACCGCAAACAGCAUCAGCGUCAAUGAUCAUCAUUUGGAUCAUCGGAGUUACCCUCGCUUUCGUGCCAGUUAUUCACUGGCGAAGCAGCACGAGAUUUUACGGCGUUAACGGAAUGUGUUUCCCUUUGCACAUCGAUGAUCCGUAUUUAAUUGGAUGGGAGUAUUCGGUCUUCAUUUUCUUGGGAUUAAAUCUCUUUGGAUUAUUAACGAUUGGUUACGUUUACGCGGGGAUGUUUGCGAGCAUUUGGAAAACAAGACACGCCUGCUCGCUCUCUGUCGGUGAAUCUGAAUUCGCUUUAAGGUUUUUCUUCAUAGUGUUAACGGACGCUGCUUGCUGGGCACCGAUUAUCAUUCUCAAAAUUAGAGCUCUGAUGAACUUUCCUAUUCCAGCUGAUGUUCAUGCCUGGGUGGUGGUUUUUAUUCUCCCCGUAAACAGUGCAAUUAACCCACUUCUGUAUACUUUUACCACGCCAAAAUUUCGAGAAAGACUGAGCGGCGGUUGGUUUGGCAAAGUGCGUAGUUACGUAGCACGAAAAAGUUCUGCCGAAGAUUCGCAAUUAUCCACGACGACAAGCAACAAAAAUAUGUCUCUGUCAAGUGGAACUAACAACUGUAACAACAAAAUACCGCCUCUUAUGUUUUCCAACAGGGGGAAAAGUAAAUCUGAAAAGCGUGAUUAUUCUCUGUAAGUUCCGCGAACUUCAAUUUUUCCUUCGAGAAAGUUCAGUAAGUGAAGUGUCUUCUUGUAUAACAGAAGUCUGUUCAGCUAGAUUUAAUACCGUCGAGCUAGUCAUUAAUAAGACAAAGUAAUGCUUCUUGCUGGGCGUAGCACAGCAAAAUAAAUAAUAACAUUCUGUAACGAAUAGAUACUUAAAUAUU